AUGGCCACUGAACAACAGUUGGCGAUGGUUGCUGAAUUGGAAAUGGAAAUGAUGUCGGAUAUGUACCGGCGGAUGACAGCGGCUUGUCAGGAAAAAUGCAUUGCAAGGACGUUCAAAGAGGCAGAACUUACUAAGGGUGAGGCAGUAUGUCUUGACCGUUGUGUUGCCAAGUAUCUGGAUGUCCAUGAGAAGUUAGGCAAGCGCUUGACGCAAAUGUCUCAAACUGAUGAGGCCGCUCUUCAAAAGAUGAGCGAACAACAACAUCACUAA